AUGUCUACAAGUACUACUACUGCUAAUCCCUCGUUCGAAACAGUUGAUGGUUGGAGCGUAGAAGAAGUUAGAAAUUUUCUGAAGUCCAAGCAAAAUAAAUUCUCUCUUACCGAUGAUGAAAUUGAAAAAUUCAAAAAUAAUAAUGUCAAUGGUAGUGCGUUCCUUUUGCUUACCGAACAGAGGCUUCUUAAUUUUAUUUCUUUUGGGCCAGCUAUAAACAUCGCAGAGUUCGUCUCUCAGUUGAACAGCCAAA